GUUCAGGCGUGUAAUAUUCAUGUGGUACAUAUAUGUACCAGCCGGUAUUUAUGGUGGUACACAUGUAUACCAACAGGUCUCUAAUUACGUUUAUUCAGUUUCAGCUUCAAUAUGGAUCGUCGCCGUCCGCUUUCACAAAUAGAGCUGGAAGCGCUUAUUGAUGAUAUUGAAAAAAUCUCAGAUUCGAAACCAUUUUCUGCUGACUCCAGUGACAAUUAUGAACCAGAUUCCGAUGAAGAAGCAGGCAGUGAUACGUCCGAUAUGUCUAACUCAGACAUCGAUUUUGCGCCUUCCCACAGGUAA